UCACAAGUCUGACCUUUCUACAGCCCGGCAUGAGCAGAACCUGAGACAAACUUUUGGUAGUAACUUCCUUCCUCAUGUGGACUAAUUGUUUAAACACAUGAGGACGUAUUUGAGAAGCGGGGUCUUAUUUAUUUUCAUGUUUGUCUGACGUCUUCGUGCGUUUUUAACCAGGAAGUACAUUGGCAUUGGCGUUAGCAUUAGCACACACGCUGUGGUACAAUGUCAACAGUCCCAGGAGGAACAGGCACCCCCGUGUCAAAACCCGACCAGAUGUUUAGGAGCUGCUGGAGCUGUCGGCUCAUCUCCGGCGGAGGUUUGGUCCUGUCCGGAGCUUAUGUGUUCAGUGCAGCCCGGAGAGUGAUGCGACAAGGUGGAACUACCUCUAUUGGGACAGUGGCACAGCUUGUAUUUGCUGCCUGUCUGGCUUCAUGGGGGGUUGUCGUCAUCGCUGACCCAGUAGGAAGAGCGCAGAGGAAGACGUGAAGGCUGUUUGGGGAAGUCACGACAGCACGAAUGAACAUUUGAUGGCUCAAACAUGGACUGCAAGGGUGUGCAGAUAUUUAUGGACAAUAGGACACAAGGUUAAAGAAGCUAGAAAAGAGAUGCUGUCUUUGCACUAUAGUUGGCACGUUGGCAUUGUUUGGAUGGACCAAGCAUCCUGCAAUAUUGGAAAUGAAUUAAAAAUGGAAGAUCACAUAUUCAAUCAAAAAGGUGACUGUCAUGCAUAAAAACACAUUUUCAAAAAUACUAAUUCCCUAGAUUACAAGUUUAUUUAUACGUACAAGCAAAAUCUUACUUUAGGUACCAUCAUCAGGACAACAUGAGUGUUUGACCACAGCAGCACUGUUACAUAACACUCCAUUUAUUAGGUAUGUAAGGUAAUUUAAACACCAGCAGGGAAAAUGAUCCCCUCGCCUAUAAGAACACACACUCAUCACUCACUUGUCUGUCCUGCUCAGGGCUUCAAAUUGAGCUGGGUUGGCUCCAAGGUUGGAAAUCAACUUCUCUGUCCACCUCCCACUGUGGCUGGCAGAUUCCUACAUCACCCAGACACUCAAUUAUUUUUUUUGGCUGGUGAGUGAAGCAAAUGAAGCAGUCAUUUGCAUGUUUUAUCAGCAUUUGGCUCGUGGCUGGUGCUGAUUUCCAACCCUGGCUGGCUUUGCUCCACAAAGAGAGAUCCAUCAGUGGAAGAAAAGAGAUUUGAGACUUUAAAAAAAAAAAAAA